AUGGUGUUCACUGUAUUAUUUUAUCUCCUGUUCUUGAAACUUCCUUUUGUUUUUCCUGCAAGGAAUAUUUCUCUCAAGUGCAUGCAAGAUACCAAUGAAUUCCUUUCUGACCUGAAUUUGGUGAAGCCCAAAGAAUACGCUCUGAGAAUGUAUGACUCGGUGGGGAAGCUUGGGAGCAAUGUCCUUAAUGGCAAUGUGGACAGGCUGGGAUCCUACAGCGAGUGCCUCUCCAUCCACAGCCCCUCGGGGAGCUUCCGAGGGCGGUACUGUAAGCUCCAUGUACUGCAGGAUGGAGCUGAAUACAGUGUGGGUGUGUGUGUCCCUGAUUCCUGUGCCGAAGACGAUGUGUCUACAAUGUCUCAGCUGGAUAUUUUGCGGUUCCGAAACACUUCCUUCCUGGCCCCUUCGCUCUCCCUCUUCAUAAUUAAUUCCUCCUCUUCAUCUGUUGAGAGUAUGGCCACAUGUGCUUCUGGAAUGUUCCCCCUGGAUGCAUUGGCUGCCAUGUGUCUGUUCAUCACCUUGCUGGGCCUUUUCCUUCCUCUGGCUGGAACUGUGUAUGUGGCUGCCAGAGAAUGGGGCUCAGGCGUCAGGACAUGGCCGGCACGUGGGGUCCCUUCUGCCCGUUAUGGGAGUCUGCCUUUGAGAGAGACGGAGCUCAACAGGCCGAGCCACAGGAUCCAAAGGAUGAAUUGCUGGGCCCAACUUCUCCACUCAGGAGCCUGGAGCAGAGGACAAAGGUUGCUUGGAGCCACGGAUCACGUUCUGCGGUGCUUUUCUUGGCAGAAGAAUAUGCCGGCCAUCUGGACCGCCGAGCUGCAGGGCAGCUCCUGCCCUGCCCUGCACGGUAUCCGCGUCCUCUCUCUCCUCUGGAUCGUCUCCGGACACACCGGCCAGAUGACCGCCUGGGGCUCUCUGGAUAAUGUGCUUGAAUGGAAAGCCAGAGUGCCCAGGAACCCGCUGUACCUGUAUUCUCGGAGUGGCCCGUUCUAUCUCGGCGUGGAUACCUUUUUCCUCAUCAGUGGCUGGUUAAGUGCAAGGUCAUUUCUAAAGAUGUGUCAGAAUUCAGCCACGGGAAUCACCCUUAAGGUCACACUCAGGUACUUUUUCAACCGCUUCCUAAGGCUGCAGCCCCUUCACCUCUAUUCUGUGUGCUUGUUGCUCGCACUCUUCUGCCUCGUUCCCUGGGGACCUAUCUGGGAAGUCCCCAAAUUCCACUGGGAUAACUGCCGGCAGGCAUGGUGGACGAAUCUACUGUUGCUGAAUAACUUCGUGUCCGUUCGGAAUGCGUGCAAUGGCUGGACUUGGUACCUUGCCAAUGACUUCCAGUUUCAUCUUUUAACACCGCUGUUCAUCUACAUCUAUGGAAAAAGUAAACACAUUCUUGUCCUCCUUGGGGUCAUGCUGUUCUUGGCAUCUUUCACCGUCACUGCUCUGCUCACACUGGCUUAUAAACUUCCGGUGGUGUCUCCAUCAGCAGCCAGUGAAAAUGAGACUGUGUUGUACUUCUUGGAAUACUACACAAAGCCUUACUGCCGGUGUGGGCCAUUCCUCGUGGGACUCUUCCUGAGCAUUUUCAUGCACCAAAAUAGCCAGGCAAACAUUCUCAAAACGAAGGUGCAAGCCGUGCUGGGCUGGACCUGUGCCCUGCUCACCCUGCUCCUGGUCGUCGCUCUGGCCUAUGCAGUGGACGAUGCCUCCGCUACUUCCUUCGCGGCCUCUGCCCUCUACCAGGCCCUGCACCGGACGCUGUGGGCCGCGGCCCUGGGUUGGGUCAUCCUUGCAUGUCAAGAAGGCUAUGGAGGGCUGGUGAACCGAGUGCUUUCCUGGGAGCUCUGGCGGCUGCCCGCUGCCCUCAGCUUCGCUUGCUACCUGCUGCAUCCGGCCGUGAUCAUGGUCCACAACGGCCUUCAGGAGAGCCUUCUGCACUACACGGACAUCAGCAUGUUCUAUCUCUUCUUGGGACACUGUGCGCUGACCUUCGUCUUGGGACUGGCGCUGACGCUGGGCAUCGAGCAGCCCUGGCAGGCGCUGAGGAGGGGCCUGAGCGGCCCAGCGCCCGCCGCCGCCGCGCCCUGA